AUGGGAUAUCCACCAAAUUUCAAAAUUGUUACUAAAUCAUUAACAGAAAACAUUUUAUUAGCAUCAACGGCUUUUUCAAGAGUCGAUAAAUUCAAUUUUGGUGCUCGUAUGGCGGUAUUUAAAUUUCCUCAAUCAAAUAAAAUUAUUUUAUGGUCACCAUUACCUUAUACACCACAAGUAAUUGAUGUUUUGACAAAAUUUACCAAUAAUACCAAUGAAUCAAAUUUAAAUAUUGCUUAUGUGAUAAUUCCUGAUCGUGAACAUAAUUUAGCUGCUAAAUCAUAUAAAGAAAAAUUUCCCGGGUGUAAAUUAAUUGGAAUGGAAGGAUUAGAUGAAAAUUCAUUGAAAUUGGAUUAUAAAUUUAUAAAACUGAUGGGUAAUAAAGUUUUAAAAAAUGAUGAAUUAAAACAAAUCUUUAAUGACAGUGACAGUGGCUUGAUUGUUGAUAAUUUUGAAUUUGUUUAUUUACCAAAUCAUGCAAAUCAAGAAUUGGUUGUAUUUGAUAAAUCAUCAUCAACAUUAUUUGAAGCCGAUUUAUUAUUCAAUUUAGGUGUACCGGGGUCAACUCUGGGUGAAACCAUUUUAGAACAAUAUUCACCAGAGUUGGGGUUCCCUAAAGGGUUUAAUCCUCAUUCUGGUUGGUCAUUUAUAACUAGAUAUUUACAACCAUAUUCUAAAGUUGGUCGUUUCUUAUUUAGAAAACUUGUUGAUAUAAAUCAUAGUAAACCUGGAUUAGAAGCUAUUUAUAAUUCAUGGGAUUUUAAAACUAUUGUUAUGUGUCAUGGAAAUAUUAUAACUAAAGAUGCUAAAGAAGCAUUUAAACAUGUUUUUGUAUAA